AUGAAUGAACGCCGGCGCGGCGGCCCUGGGCUGCCGCUGGAGCAGCAGGCGUCCCCUGACAGAUGGGCCGCUGGGCGGGGACACAGCGGAGAGGGUGCAGCUCCAGGGGCGCCCGUGGAGAGAGGGGCAGAGAAGUCUGCUGGGACCGCUGUUAAGAAUAUGUGUCUAGAGAAGGAGCUCAUUCUAAUUCUUGGUGCACAGGGAGCUGUGACUCUCGCCCUGGGCCCCUCGCGAUGCAGUUCAGGGUGGAGCAGCUGGAGGAUGCUCUUCCUUCCUGGAGUAGCCAUGGCAGCGUGGGCCAGCUCCUGUGGGGAUGUUGUCGUGUCCCACGAUGCCUCGGGUUCCCUGAGAGCCCGAAACCCAGAGCAGCCUCUGCUCUUGCUCUCCCCUGGCUUUUCCAGAGCGGAGGGUCCAGGAACUCAACUGUUUGUUGGCCCCCCGGGCUUGUAG